AAGAAGCAGGACGGAAAAUACAACAAGUGAGUGAACUGUUGCUCUGCAAAUAAAGUCGCUGCAGCGGGAUUUCUGCAUGGCGAAAGUCUGUAAAAGUAACUCGUCAGAAUAUGUAAUUUUAUUUUAAGGGGCGCAACGCGACUUUGAAUUACAUUACUAUUUCUUUUUUUUAUUCCCUCCGUGUCUGCUCGGACCGCCUGUGAGCGCUGCCUUGAGCAUUUUGGACGGUGCGGUCCGGCCACCAUGCAGGAGUCCUGGAUGAGAUGCUGCAAGUUUAAAUAUUAGUGUGAAUUUGAGUUUGCACCGCAUGCGACAGUGAAAACGCUUAGUCUCAGUCUUGUGAAGGAUUUCACUCUGGUCCUGGAUCAGUUUUCCUGCGUCGUUUCCAUCUGAACCCGCAGCAUGAAAGAACACUGAGAAGCAAAAGCAAGAAAAGAAAAAAACAGAUUGCAAGAGAUUCAGUGAUUUGCUGUGAUGCUGUGAUAAAAUGUUCAUCCAAGCUGCCUUUAAAACAAGAGUUUCCACAUUCAAUGCAAUUUGGCCCGCCCUUUCCUCAGAAUUAGCCUUCUUAUGACCUGUAACAAAUCUGCACUUUGAAUCCAGGCUCCUAAACAACAUAUAUAUCGAGAGAGGUGUGAGCCCAUCAACAAAAACACAAGCAGGAAGGAAGGAAGAAAAGAGCAGAGAUUUAGCAGUUCUCUCAUUCUUCUAUUCUCUUUCCUGGACAGACAAGUAAAGCGCCCUUCCUCGUAUGUGGUGGGUGAGAUGAACUCCAGUGGGAAUACUGUAGACCCCACCUGACAGCUCUCUGCCUGAGCAACUGAACGCUUUUCACUGGAGCCUCCACAACCAUAGAGCUGGAUAAAAAAAAAAAAGCAGUUGCCCAAAAUCCAACAUCUCAAUGGUGAUACAAAUUUUUGACAAAGACGUAUAAAAUAAAUGGUUAAAUAGGUUGACGAGGAAACUAAAAAAUAAAAGGAUACAAAACAAAUGUACUAAACACCAAGAAAUGGAAAAACCUAUUUGUCAUUCUCCCCCAAACUUCUGUUUUUUUUCUAUCUGAGACUUGUCGGUCCCGCUCCUAGAAGCCCCCCUAUUUCUUUUCUCUACCCCACAAAAUAACAUAUUUUCCUCCUCCACCUUCUCGAUCCAGUAGUUACUUUCUACCUAGAGUUCAGCCUGGCCGGCACAACCAUUCCAGCUAAGGGGGAGGAGGACUUCCUCACACUGGCCGCCUCCCGGCUCAGUCGCAAGAAACGUGUCAUCGGGGCUGGAGUCGGCGUGGCCAUGGUCCUGGUCCUGCUGGUGGCCAUUCCCCUAUUGGUCCACACCACCAAGGGGGGAGGAUCCGGAGGAGGGGGCACACAUUACGAGAUGCUUGGGAGCUGCAAGAUGGUGUGUGACACUUUCACCCCCCCACAGGGAGAGCUGACAGCCGUCUCCCCUCAGCCCCCAGACUUCCCAAACCGCAGGGGCAAACAGGGGUUCAGAGGGACCCCUGGACUUCCUGGUCCUCCAGGUCCUAAAGGGCCCCCCGGAGAGCCCGGCAAGCCCGGUCCACCUGGUCCACCGGGUCCAGGCCCCGGUGGAUAUGGCCCAUCCUUCUACAGUCCCAAAAUUGCCUUCUACGCAGGCCUCCGGAAGCAACAUGAAGGGAGUGAAAUACUGAAGUUUGAUGACGUGGUGACCAACGUAGGGAACUACUACGAGCCGAGUACCGGCAAGUUCACCUGCCCUCUACCUGGCAUCUACUACUUUACCUACCAUGUCCUGAUGAGAGGAGGUGAUGGGACAAGCAUGUGGGCUGACCUGAAGAAGAACGGACAGGUGAGGGCAAGUGCAAUCGCUCAAGAUGCAGAUCAGAACUACGACUACGCCUCCAACAGUGUCAUCCUGCACCUGGAUGUGGGGGACGAAGUGUGUGUGCAGCUGGAUGGGGGCAAAGUUCACGGCGGAAACACCAACAAAUACAGCACCUUCUCUGGCUUCCUCAUCUACCCUGACUGACAGUAUACUCACAUUUAUAUACUCUCGCUCUGUAAUCAAGCAAAAAAAGUUUCCUCUCCUUUCUGCAUCUAACACACCAUGUUUCCAUAAUGUAAUUUUCUCAUUUCAAUGCUGUCCAGUACACAAAACAUGUAAUAACAUGAUCACAGUUAACAAAUAGUUUGAAGAGAAUCUGUGUAAAAAUGAAUAUACUAUUGUAUAUAUUACCGGUUAACAUUCACUUCUGAUAAACACACUUGUGUAAUCAUUAUUCUGUGCCAUGUACAGUAUGUGAAAGCAUCGCUAAAACACAUGAUCUGUUUCACAUGCACUCAUUCGCUUGUACACGUACACAAACACACAGGCGUGCACAAAUGAAUUGAACUUCUCCUAUCAGUUGUUACACUGAGACAAGAUGACCAUUUCAGCCACCGGUCUGAAAUCGACUGAAAUGAUCUCUGAAUGUAGACUUUAAAUCGAAGUGUGCGCCUUCACUGUGAGAUGGAUUUCCAAACGAGAAAAGUCAUGAAUAUAUUGAUCGCAGCUGAUAAUACAGCCAACACCAUGAACAUAAUCCAGUGUGUUGUAUGUCUGUGUGCAAGCAUAUGUGAGUGUUUACCCUUCAGUUUGUGUUGAGGCGUAAGCAUCACGUUAGUUUGACUUGCACUGCCACCGAGUCCUGUUAAGGGAGGGGGUGUCAAGUUGUCAGUAACAGCCCCUUAACACACACAGUACAUCGAUACUGAGAUUUAGCUUUGAGAUUUUCCCUGAGACAGAGCUUAUGACAGAGCCUCAUCAUGUCCUGCUAAUGAGCUGAGGCAUCCUCAUCCUCAUCUGUGCAGUCGCACUCUGGCAUCCAUUAGUUUGCUGUAUGACUUUACUGAAAUAGUUCUGACAUUUUGGGAAAUACGCUUAUUGCUUACUUGCUGAGAGUUAGAUGAAAAGGUUGAUAUCACUCUCAUAUUUGUUCGUUCAUUAUAACGCUACGGCAAGCAGCCGGUUAGCUUAGCGUAGCAUAAGGGCUGGGUUAUACUAGAAAAGAAACGGUUCGUACGAAGUGUUGUCCGAACACACUGGAAAUCAAAAGUAUUUAUUUCAGUUCAGAACAGCCACACUGUUAGGUGCAGUGAAAAGCCAGCUGUCAUAGAGAGAGGGCGAGUACACAAUAUCAUUUAAAAACAGGGAUAACAGCACACAUUUUCAGACAGUCUCUCCUGGAAGACUUUCACAGUGUUGCACUCGCUUGUUCACAUGAAAAGUGACAGAAAUUGUUGUGUAACAAGUGAAAAAAGACAGCUAGAGAGAGAAGUUCAAAUCCAGCACAGGUGGCCAAUCAGGGCGAUUGUGGGUAUCAAUGUCGGAUUGGAAAGUUACACAAAUAGUUGGACACAGCCCCCCAUAAUGUGAUGUCAGAAAGGUGUUGGCGGAGGGGUUUACAAAGCUGUUCGACCGUCCAACAAGCACUUUUGAAGACGCAUAAUGCUAACACAGCAUUGGAAAAAGGCGAGAACAGCUAGCCUGGCUCUGUCAAAAGCAAAUAAAAUCCACCUACCAGAACAUAAAGCUCACUAAAUAACAUGUUAUAUCUCAUUUGUUUAAUCCGUACAAAAACCUAAGUGUAAAUUUGUGGUUUUCCUGGCAUAUUGUGGACAGAACCAGGCUAGCUGUUUCCCCCUGUUUUCAGUCUUUGUGCCAAGCUAAGCUAACUGACUGCUGGCUGUAGCUUCAUAUUUACCGUACAGAUAUACGAGUGCUAUCAAUCUUCUCAUCUAACUUUCUGCAAGAAAGAAAAAAAGCGUAUUUCAUAAAGUGUCAAACUAUUCCUUCAAUUUUACUGUGAAUAUACCCUUUGAAGAUUUUUUUGAAAUGCAGGUGACUGUUGUUGAUGUUUUAUUACCAUAUGCCAUACCUAUAGGUUUUCUGUGCCUUACACUAUCUUUUUCAUUUUUAUUUUUCAUGCAUGAUACAGUUUCCCAUGUUGAGGCUAUAUGAACAAGCUGAUCCGUGAGCUACAAACAGCUAUCUGACGAGAAUUUCUGAUGAAAACCUCUCAAACACUGGUAGUCCAUGCAAAUAUUGUUACCCACUUUAUAUGAAAUGCAGAUGCCAACUGAGGACAUUGACUGUGAAAGUUUGUAUGUAACUAGAUGUAACUCACUGCUGUAAAUAAAAGCCCCCAAAAUGGAGACCGAGGUUCAUUCUGUACAGUGGGAAACAUCUGUGGGAACGCACAACAGAAGCACGUCACUGUGUAAUUCAUAAAAUUAUAAAUAUGUUUGUGUAACCAAAUUAUUAUAUCUAACAAUUCUAUUUUUUUCAUGAUAUAAUGCUUAGACAGAUUCAAUAUAAUACUCCGUGGAGCACAUAGUUUUAGUGCCAUGGAAGAAGAGAGCUUCAUAUUGGCCCGAUAACACACUUGUUAAAAUAUGUGGAAGAGACUUUAUUGUCCCAACAAGUGACACAGAUCCAGCUUUGAAGCCUGAUAGCAUGACUGUACCCUGAAGAGAUUUGGAUGUGAACGUUUCUGAUCAACAUGUCAUUCUUGUGCUGUGAUUGAAAAACCACCCUGACUAUAUUGUACACAGACUGCACACCUACUGUGUGUGUUUUCUGGCACUGUUACCUUUGUUCACGAGCAGUGUGGCUUCAUUGUCACUGUACUUUGCAAGCUGAGUUGUGUGUAUUUGUUAUGUAUGAAAUCAGCAUAGAUUUUUCUCUGCCCUUGAAGACCAUGAAACACAAUAAAAAAAAAUACAGGGUUA